UAAUAAAGAGGUAUAUUAUAACAACGUGCAAUACUAGAAAAAUUCUUAUCAACGUGCCAAAGUGUCAACUUACCCGCUGGUCCACCCUUCGAGGGAGCUGCUUCUGAACUCCGAGCUAUGGACGGUAUUGAAAACCCGGAGUCGAAUAGUGAAUUUGCAUUUGAGACAGACCACCUCGCGCUGCGUGGAAAUAAGGACUACAAUGAUUUGCUGAAAUAUAUUGUUCUGCUUGAGUCUCAAAGAGUUGCCGCUUUGAAAGACAUAGAGGAGUUGACAGAAGCCCGAAACAAGGCGCUUGAGCAACCAUUAGAGUUUGUUCAAAAGCUACAGGCUGGCACAAUCCAGUUUCCUCCUCGGCAUCACGUCAGAGAGAUACCUACGAUAGACUGGGACCAAUAUGGAGUAGACAACAGUCAAGAUAUUGAUGAAUUUAAUAGAGACAUAAAACCAAAUAUUUCAGAAGCUGGAUUUAAAGUGCGCGGGCGGAAGUACACUGACAGCAAGCCGGAGACAUUCAAUCAGCUCUGGUCCUGCGAGGAACAAAAAAGAUUGGAAGAACUUUUAGAAAUUUUCCCUGAAGAACCCAUAGAAGCGAGGCGGUACAAAAAGAUAGCCAAAGCACUUAGAACUCGUACCCCUAUCCAAGUAAUGAGUCGAGUGCAAAAGUAUUUUGCAAAAUUAGCCAAAGCCGGCCUACCCAUACCGGGACGGACACCCAAAGGUGUGGGGCGGGAUAAAUGUAAGUCAAUACUUUUCAAGAAAUCAAAUUUCUUCCCUCAGCUGCAUGUUCCUGUUAAAAUGGAAGUCAUGUAUGAUAUUGCUGAGACUCCAUACACAGCGACUACGGCCACAGCCGCUGAGACAAAAGUUUGCAACAAACACAUAGUGGAGCUGUUACGGGCGGCCAAACAACAGAGGGCGCUUGACGAAACUGCACCGGUGUACCAGACAAAUACUAUGUGCGUUGGCUGCCAGACUAAAGGUUUCCUGGGUGCACGGUGGACUGACAAUGCCGGCACAGAUUACUGCACAGACUGUGUUGUAAAGCACCUACCGACGGAAAAAUUGACCCCAGUUCGGAUACCAUUGGAUAAUAAAUAA